AUGCUCGCAUCAGAUGUGGGCAUUUUUUGGCCUCUUGAUGAUGCCAUCGAGGCUCAGCCUUGCCGCGGCUGGGCUGGGGAUGUCGAGAUGCCUCAAAGUCCUAGAUUUCCCAAUUGGGGGCUCUGGACCAAUGGCGUGGCCCGAUGCGCGGCGUUGGGUGAGGGGCAGCUGCUAAUGCCUGCCGCGACAGGGCCUGAAGCCGUGAUAGGUUGCCCUGUCAAGGGGUCGCCCGUCCUUCAUGUCGCAGCAACGCUUAUGAGGGCUUUUUGUUCUGCCGCUGGCCAGAUCCAGCGAGCUCCCGUGGCGAGCUUCGUCCGGCUUGCUCGCCACCGAGGACGCCGAAUUGCUUGGGGAGCGCAGUCGCGAUGCCUUGCGACGGUAGCCAACAGUGCUGAACCAAAAGAUCUCAAGACGCUGGCCUGUAAGACGCCUCUGCCUUCCACCGCGCGACACAACGAGGUUGGAGUGCAGCAGCUCAGCGAAUACAUUUUUAAACGGAUAUUUCCCCAGGGCCCCAACCCACCUCCCAAAGAACUGGUCGAGCUUGCACAGGAUCACUUGACACGGCACGAUCUCCUAGGAAAGAACACAGACAAUUCCGACCCUAUAGCGUUCGAGCUGCCUGAACUCAAGGGCACAACCCUCGACGAACACUUCCACAAGCUUGGAACCGAUUGCGCCGAACCAUAUCUGCGGUUUGCGAAAGAGUUCGCUUGCGCCAGUAUCCCUCUCAAGCCGAAACAGUGGGUGCGACAGAGCGGAUGGACCAAGUACUACCCUGAUGGGCAGCCACCCGAGAAGGUCGCAGCGCCGGAUGAAGAAAUGCUGUGCUUCGACGUCGAGACGCUGUGGCAACAGCAUCCGUUCGCAGUCAUGGCCUGCGCAGUCAGUCCCACGGCCUGGUACUCUUGGUUGUCGCCAUGGCUGCUGGGCGAGACGGAAAACAACCGACAGCUAAUACCCAUAGGCGACCCAACUAAGGAUCGAAUCGUUGUGGGACACCACAUCGGCUACGACAGGGCAAGGAUAUUGGAAGAGUACGACCUCAAGCAGACGAGGACCGGCUUUCUCGACACUAUGUCGCUGCAUGUCGCCGUCAACGGCAUGUGCUCACGGCAGCGCCCAACUUGGCACAAAUACAAGAAGAAUCGUGAGGAGAGGGAGAGGAUUGCCAACAAGGAUCCCGAUCAAGGCAUUAUCGAGAUUCUGAGCAACCGGACCAUGCACGACGAGGUAGAGCCGUGGGUUGAGAAGAGCUCAAUCAAUUCACUGCGCGACGUCGCCAAAUUUCAUCUAAACGUCACCAUCGACAAGUCUGCCCGGGAUGACUUUGGCGAGCUGAGCCGCGAGGAGGUUCUAGAAAAGCUGGAUGAGCUUCUCGAAUACUGCGCUGCAGAUGUUUCCACUACCCACCAAGUGUACUCAAUCGUCCUCCCCAACUUUCUGAAUGUUUGCCAGCAUCCAGUCAGCUUCGCUGCCCUUCGGCACCUGUCAUCUGUUAUUCUACCCGUCAACGAGUCUUGGAACGCAUACAUCGCCAAUGCAGAUGCGACAUAUCAUAAGCUCUCUGCAUCGGUCGAGGAGAGACUGAAGGGAUUAGCAGAAAAGGCCGCCGAGUUGAAUGACGAUCCCGAGGCGAGUUGGAAAAAUGAUCCCUGGCUCAGGCAGCUGGACUGGACCACUAAGCCAAUUAGAAUGGUCAAAGGCAAACGCAAAGGUGAGAAGGACAGGCCAGCUGCAAACCAGAAGAUGCCGGGUAAACCAAAGUGGUACAAGGAUCUCUUUACCAAGAACGUCAUGAACUUGACGGUGCGAACCCGCAUUGCGCCUUUGCUGCUACGACUUGCCUGGGACGGUCAUCCGUUGAUCUGGUCCAACAAAUACGGCUGGGUGUUUCGAAUCUCGCCGGACGAUGUGGCCACUUACAGGGCGAAGCAAAUGUCAGAGGUUGUCUUUGAUGACUCCGAUCCUGCCCUGCGGGACGAUUGGGGGCACUCAUACUUCAAACUUCCUCACAAGGACGGCCCUACUGCUCGCUGCGCGAAUCCUUUGGCAAAGGGAUAUUUGAACUACUUCGAGAAUGGCACUCUUUCGUCCGAGUACGAGUACGCGAAGGAAGCGCUGGAAAUGAAUGCCUCGUGCUCCUACUGGAUAAGCGCACGCGGUCGAAUCAUGUCGCAAAUGGUCGUGACCGAACACGACGUCUCCGCGGCCACUGCAGGAAUCACAGAGGCGCAGGAAGCCCCGGAGAAGUUUCAGGGCUUCAUCUUGCCUCAAGUCAUCCCCAUGGGCACAAUCACUCGGAGAGCGGUCGAGAAAACCUGGCUGACGGCCAGCAAUGCCAAGAAGAACCGCGUUGGAUCUGAACUCAAGUCCAUGAUUAAGGCACCCGAUGGCUACUGCUUCGUAGGUGCCGAUGUGGACUCGGAAGAGCUCUGGAUCGCCAGCUUGGUAGGCGAUGCGACCUUCAAAAUCCAUGGCGGAAACGCCAUCGGCUUCAUGACGCUCGAGGGGACAAAAGCUGCGGGGACAGACCUCCAUUCGCGAACCGCGGCCAUCCUCGGCAUCAACAGGAACCAGGCAAAGGUGUUCAACUACGGGCGAAUUUACGGAGCGGGAUUGAAGUUUGCGGCCACGCUCCUGAAGCAAUUCAACCCAAAGCUGUCCGACAGUGAGACGCUGGAGAUUGCCAAGAAGCUGUAUGCCAACACCAAAGGCACCAGGACCAGUCGCAAGACCAUCAACAAACAUCCGUUCUGGAGGGGAGGAACAGAGUCGUUCGUCUUCAACAAGCUGGAACAGUUUGCGGAUCAGGACUGGGCUCGAACGCCCGUGUUGGCGGCAGGCAUCACACAGGCCCUCAUGAGCCGCUUUGUGAGCAAAGGCAGCUUCUUGCCUUCCCGUAUCAACUGGGCUAUUCAGUCCUCGGGCGUCGAUUAUCUGCAUUUGUUGAUUGUGUCGAUGGAUUACCUCAUCCGCCGCUACAACCUCGAUGCUCGACUAGCCAUCACCGUUCACGAUGAGAUUCGGUACCUGGUCAAGGACGAGCACAAAUACAAGACUGCUAUGGCACUGCAGAUAGCCAAUCUCUGGACUCGCGCCAUGUUCGCUCAGCAAGUCGGCAUCGACGACCUCCCCCAGUCGUGCGCCUUCUUCUCUGCCGUCGAUAUCGAUCACGUCCUUCGCAAGGAGGUGGACAUGGACUGCAUCACCCCUAGUCACCAGACUCCUAUUCCUCAUGGCGAGAGCUUGGAUAUCCAAACCCUUCUUUCCAAGGGCUCUGAGGCGCGUUUAGACCCGUCUACGGUCCCCAAUCCCAGGCUUGCCCCUAAGCUCGAUGAUAUACCCUAUGAGCCACGCACUCCUGUGAUGCGGACGCUCCAGGGGCACUCUGAGGACAAUAUCGCGUUCAUCAAAGCCCAGAUCACCGACGAUGACCAAGAGCUGCUGAAUAUCGUCAAGGACCUGCGCAAAGUGAAUCCGCCGCCGAAGACGCAGACGAAGACGGUUCUGUUAAAGAGUCCCCCUGAUUACGGAAACUCGUAUGGUAUGCCGCUGGGCACCCCUAGGCCGCCCUCCGAGGCCUUUGGCUUCGGGUACCAAGCUAGCAAGAGCCAGAGAAACAUAACAUGGCCGAAGCAUUCAGUCGAUGUCAACUCGAAGCCCAGCGUCUCCACUGGCUCUUUCUAA